AUGUCAAGAAAUACUGAAAAGGCGCAAUCUUCUUUGAAUAGAUUCCAAGCAUUGAAAAAUAAAGAGGCUGGUGUGCUUGAAAGUAAUCCAAAUUUCCGACCUAAAUAUGUUCAGUCUGUUGACUCUUUACCUCAAGCAGAAAAAUGGAGAUCAACAAUAAUAGGUGAAAUAUCGGUGAAGCUAACGAAAAUUCAAGAUCCAGCAUUAAAUGAAUACCAAAUAAGGGAUAUUAAUGAUUCGUUGAAUAAAUUAUUCAACGAAAAGAGAUCUUGGGAAUAUCAUAUUAAGAAUCUUGGAGGUGCAGAUUACAUGCAUUUUAAUAAAGAUUUCAAUAAUGCAGGGAAAUUAAGUCAGCUUGAUUCACUGGGAAGUCAUAUAAAGGGCUACCGAUACUUUGGUAGGGCUAAAGAGCUACCGGAUGUAAAGGAGGUACUCAUGUUGCAACAGAAGAAAGGCCACGCCAAUAAAUCGAAACAUGCCAAAGAAUUGGAGCAAAACAGAUUAUUGAACGAACAAGACCAAAGAAUAAAGGCGGAUUAUUACGGGGUCUAUGACGAAAUUAAUGAUGGCAAUGACGACAUAAUUGCCAGUAAUGAAAGAGAUAUUAUAAAUCAAGUAAAUGAAGUGUUAGGAGAUGAAAUAAUAAAGCCAGUAGAUGACAUAAAUGAAUAUUAUGUCGCUCAUAAGGCACAAGGGGUAGAUAAUCUCAUUGAGUUUGAGAAGAAUAGGGGCAAAAAGCUCUUUAGAAAAUUCAAGAAUAACCAACACAAUGACGAAGCGGACUCUAACGUUAUAACCAAUUUUGAAAAGGAAGUACCUACAUCUGAUGAAGUCACGAAAUGGAUUGUUAAUAAAAAGAGAGCGGAACUAAUCGCACGAUUAGGAAUUAAUAAAUAA